CAUUAAACAAAGAUAAGCCGUAUAAUUAGGUUCAUAAGUUGUAUUUGGCGUAUGUAGUUGGAAAAUGGCAAAACUUUUACAGAGGGUUGAAACUACUUUGCGCUGCUUUUAUGUUUUCAAUUCGAAUUAUUGUAAAAAAGAAGGCGAUGAGUACAAAAAAAUACUCUACUAUAAUCCUGAGGAUAUCGAACUGAACACAAAGAUCAAGGAUGUUGGUUUAAGUGAAGCUAUUAUACAGUUUACUGGCACUUUCGUUGGUGAUGAUGACUGCAAAGCGCUACAUACACAGAAAACUACGCAGUUAUUCUAUCAACCCGAAAGAGGUUACUGGAUUGUUAUGGUUCUAAAUGUGCCAAAAGAAGUUAAAAGCAAGGAUGGUGUUGAGGUACCGGAGUAUCGUGGCACCGAAGUACAAGAUCGAAUAUAUAGGGCCGUAUUGCGUCAAUGUUACAAUAUGUUCCGACUGAGUUCGGGUACUUUCCGUUCGAAUUCAAAUGAUAGCGAUGAAGAUAAUGGGCGUGAGCAAUUAAAAGGGAGACUUUCUACAUUUUUCAAUAACUAUUUGAAAACUCUGAGGUUUCCCGUUGGAGACGUGCUCAGCUUUAUGCACUCCAUACAAUAUUUGCCUUUAGAACAAGCGUUGUUUCUUCGAGCCCAUAAUUUCAUAAACAUGAUUCGUGCAACGUUUCCUGCCUUAAAAGAGACCGUUUUACUGUAUGACGAACGAAUAAUAAGCGGUGGGCAAAUCGAUGCAAUUGAAUUGUGUAGUUUGCACCAGUAUCUUUUAACCUCAUUUAUCGAAAAAUCCGAACAUCCCAUAGGAAGUUCUCAAAAUGAGAGUCCUCUAGUAGAAAAGUUUCAAAAUGGAGUUUAUGUCACUGGCUUAGGUAGUGAAGAACACUCAACCGACUUACCUAAAAUAUAUAUCAAAGUAAGGAAAGAGCUUCAUUAUUAUUACAUAGUAAUUUUUCGAGUUUUAAGAGCAACGUUGUGUUUACUUAUAAGUGCGACGGAGGAUCCUCCAUGCAAAGAGUUUUACGAUGAACUACGGUCAUAUAUGGAACCUCAGUUAUCAAGUAUCGCAAAGGACAUAGAAGAAAAUAUCAGUAAACAAGGUCUUCGUAAAGCAAACACUUCUUCGUCGCUUUCUGCUAUAGCUCCGGCUGACGAUAAUGUGAACCCCAAAUACAUAUUCAUCAAUGAGCAAAGCUUAAAACAUCUUACUAACAUUCCCACAGAAUAUCGUAGAACAAAUAAAUCAACACACUAUCUUCCUGCAAAUGUCACUAAUCUUAUAGCAGAUCUUAUCCCCUCUGAUGAAGCCAAUUAUUUAGAGGACUCGUACUCGGAUUUAAAAGAAGUGCAAAUUAAAACUACAAAUGAUUUUUGGAUUGUACAACGAUGUUGGAAUUGGCGACGGUGCUAUGUGAUAAUACAUAACAGUAAAGCAACUUUGCUGGAUAUUACACAAGAAGCUAGGCGUGUGUUUGAUAAAGAAUUCACAGAUGAUGUAUUUUUUGACAAAUAAAAAGUAUAAUUAAAUAAAUGAAA